AUGUGUUACAUUGUCACAUUGAAAGAAGAAGAUGAUAUUACAGUGAAAGAGGAAGAUGGGAAAGAGGUUGUCAGAGUGGAAGAGGUAGAAGCUUUCAGAAUCAAAAAGGAGGAAGAUGCCAUAACAUUGAAAGAAGAGAAUGUAGUGAAAGAAGAGGAAGAACCUUUUAGAGUAAAAGAGGAAGAGGAGGCUAUCUCAAUAAAAGAGGAGGAAGACGUUUUGGGAGUGAAAAAGGAGGCGACUGAAGAUCCGAUUACCACCAGCGAGAGACAUGACUAUUGUCAAUCCUCUGGGGAGCCUCAACAACAUCCUGAUGCUGACGAGGCAGAGAAGAGUCUCUCCAGAUCAGAACACCAGAUGGACAACGCUAGCCCUUCCUCCCUCCCGGAGUCCCCGUGUCGUGCCUCUCCCGGUAGCGCAGUACUGCUGGGUAUGAAGAGGUUGUAUGUGCAGCUGGUGGACUGCAGGAAAACAACGGGGCUGAGUGGAACUGUGAGAGGAGAAGAAGAGAAGAAAGGAUCAGAUUUGACACAUCAAAGAGAAAAACCAGAGCCAGGGACGUCCAAACCAGCAAGACGAACCCAGUGCUCCCACUGUAGAAAGGGUUGUAACCGGUUAUGGGACCUGAAACGGCAUGAGAGAAGACACACACGGGAGAAGCCUUACCACUGCUCCCAAUGUGGAAAGGGUUUCAGCGAGGCGGCGAAGCUAAAACGGCAUGAAGGAAAAUACACAGGGGAGAAGCCUUACCACUGCCCCCAGUGUGGAAAGGGUUUUAAAUGUAUAGCACACCUAAAAAAACAUGAGAGAAUCCACACAGGGGAGAAGCCUUACAACUGCCCCCAGUGUGGAAAGUGUUUUAAAUUUAUAGCACACCUGAAAAAACAUGAGAGAAUCCACAUAGGGGAGAAGCCUUGCCACUGCUCCCAGUGUGGAAAGUGUUUUAACCGGCCUGCGAAGCUGAAACGGCAUGAGAGAAUACACACAGGGGAGAAGCCUUACCACUGCUCCCAGUGCGGAAAGAGUUUUACCAAUUUAGGGAGCCUGAAAAACCAUGAGAGAAUACACACAGGGGAGAAGCCUUUCCUCUGCUCCCAGUGCGGAAAGAGUUUUACCAAUUUAGGGAACCUGAAAAACCAUGAGAGAAUACACAGAGGGGAGAAGCCUUACAACUGCUCCCAGUGUGGAAAGUGUUUUAACCGGCCUGCGAAGCUGAAACGGCAUGAGAGAAUACACACAGGGGAGAAGCCUUACCACUGCUCCCAGUGCGGAAAGAGUUUUACCAAUUUAGGGAGCCUGAAAAACCAUGAGAGAAUACACACAGGGGAGAAGCCUUACCACUGCUCCCAGUGUGGAAAGUGUUUUAACCAGUUAGGGAACCUGAAAGAACACGAGAGAAUACACACAGGUGAGAACCCUUACCACUGCUCCCAGUGUGGAAAGUGUUUUAACAAGUUAGGGAACCUGAAAGAACACGAGAGAAGCCACACAGGUGAGAAGCCUUACCAUUGCUCCCAGUGUGGAAAGUGUUUUAACAAGUUAGGGAACCUGAAAGAACACGAGAGAAGCCACACAGGUGAGAACCCUUACCACUGCUCCCAGUGUGGAAAGUUUUUCAGCCGGUCAGGGGAGCUGAUACGUCACGAGAGAAUACACACAGGUGAGAAGCCUUACCAUUGCUCCCAGUGUGGAAAGGGUUGCAACUGGCCUGCGGAACUGAAACGACAUGAGAGAAUCCACACAGGGGAGAAGCCUUACCACUGCUCCCAGUGUGGAAAGGGUUUCAGCCGGCCUGCGGAUCUGAAACGGCAUGAGAGAAUACACACACGGGAGAAGCCUUAACACUGCUCCCAAUGUGGAAAGGGUUUCAGAGAGGCGGCGAAGCCGAAACGGCAUGAAGGAAUACACACGGGAGAAGCCUUACCACUGCUCUCAGUGUGGAAAGGGUUUCAACCGGCCUGCGAAGCCGAAACGGCAUGAGAGAAUACACACAGGGGAGAAGCCUUACAACUGCUCCCAGUGUGGAAAGUGUUUUAACCAGUUAGGGAACCUGAAAGAACACGAGAAUACACACAGGGGAGAAGCCUUACCUAUGCUCCCAGUGUGGAAAGUGUUUUAACCAGUUAGGGAACC